AUGGCGUCUCAUACCCUUUCCGCGGGCGCGAAGCAUCUCGCGGCUGCGGUACUCCUCGCCACACUACCGCUGGCGCUGGCUCAUGGUGACGAGGAGCAUAUGGACAUGGACAUGGCCAUGGCUAGCCCGGAGCCUCAGCCCGACUCAGAUCCCGCCAACCUGACUUACUUCCGGCUGCCGGAGCACACAGGCGCAAUCUAUGGCCACAUUGUGCUGAUGGUCCUUGCUUGGAUCGUUGUACUCCCCAUUGGUGUCAUGUUCUCCAUCGCGCGGUCUCGAUAUACCGUACCGACACAGUUCUUCUUCCUCGCGACAAAUGCUGCUGGUCUUGUUCUCGGCCUCUUCUACAAUGCCAACACACCCGACCUAUAUCCGAACAACGCGCACCACAAGCUCGGUUGGCUCGUCUUUUGGGUUGCCUGCGCUCAGGUCUUGAUCAGUAUGGUUGGUCGUGCCUCUGGCGCGCUUGGGAAGGGUUUGAGCAAGCUCCGUAGUCACUACAAGAGUCACGAGGAGCAGGCUUUCAUCCCCGUCUCGACCGGGGCAAUUGCGGCCCACGCCCAGUUGUACGCGCACCCUUACCAGCACAAUAAUGCCGGCGCGAACACGGCCGACUCGAGCCGCAGCAACUCUGUGUCCACCAUGGUCGGCCAGGAGUCCCCGACGAGAGCUUCCUUCGAUCAAUCACGGACCUUCGACCAUCAUGGUCACGAUAACGACGGAUAUGAUGAUGAUCUCGAAUUCAAGCCUUCUGAGCUGAGGAAUUCCGCAACGUCCGACAAGUCGCUUCUCGUUCGUGCCGCUGGCCUCAUGUCACGGCGCGUGUGGAGCGUUCUUUCCCUCGUCUACAACUUCAUCGAUCGCACCAUUUUGAUCUUGGGUUCGAUAACCAUCGCGACGGGCAUCAUAACAUACGCAAGGUUCUUUGAGGGACACGAGGUCUUCAGCGGGCUCGCGCACUGGAUCAAGGGUGGCGUGUUCUUUUGGUAUGGAACGCUGACGUUGGGUCGCUGGUGUGGAAGCUUCGGAGAUUUAGGUUGGGCAUGGAACGUACGACCUGAAACCAAUGCCAAAUGGCAACCGACGGCCGAGUUUGUCGAGGGUUUUCUUAUUUUCUUCUAUGGUUCAACCAACAUCUUUCUCGAGCAUCUCGGCAACGCCGGCGAACCUUUCAGCCAUCAGGACCUCGAACAUGCGGCUAUUACAGUUCUUUUCAUUGGCGGCGGCUUGCUCACUAUGCUCAUCGAAUCGAAUCGCAUUCGUGAUCUACUGAAUACGACCGUUGAGGCAUCUGCCGCCUCUGGACGUCAGCCGGAGCAGGCUGAACUCGAACGACCUGACCACUACGGGUUCUCCAUCAACCCUAUUCCCGCGUUGGUGAUCCUCCUGCUGGGCAUCAUGAUGAGCUCGCAUACACAAGCCGACAUGACCUCGAGCAUGGUACACAAGCAGUGGGGAAACCUUCUGGCUGCUGCUUCCUUUGCUCGCGGCUUCACGUACAUCAUCAUGUAUAUGAAGCCACCCCGGUCCUUAUUACCAGGUCGGCCGCCGACUGAGCUCCUCACCGCCUUCGGCCUGAUUGCUGGCGGCAUUAUCUUCAUGGCCAGUUCUGAGGAUACUGUUCGAGGUAUGAUCAAUUACGAGCUCGAUGCCAUGUUUAUGUACACAGUCACUAUGGGCUUUGUGGGUUUGUACAUGGCUUGGGUUGUCCUGGUCCUGGCGCUCAAGGGGUGGGCUGUCCGGAAGGAGUCUGGCUCGCGGCGCCCGUUGUGGACGCCCAUCACGAGCUCACAAGUUUGA